UCCAGCUCCUAUCCCCAAACUCGAUUGCAGCUCGUGCACCACACACGGACACGAAUCCUCCUCCGGUCCUCCCUCUGGGAAACCAGGACUACCUCGGAUCAGAUGCAGUGCCUACCCUGCGGACCGUCCACCAACGCGCCCGCUGCGCAUGCCGCGGCCAGGAGCGUCAGCCGUCGGAGGGUUGUCGUCGAGGGCGUCACCUCGGCAACCCACGACAGCGAGGAAGCGCCUCCAAGGUCAAUGAGGGCAACAGGUGACCGUGGUGCAAUGUCAAGCAAAACCUUAUGGCUCGUGUCAAAGAGGAAGCUUAUUGCUUUGUCAGCCUUUUGUCUUAGCUUACAUUCUUCAAGGUACUUUCCAGCAUUUGCUUUGGGUGAUACGUCUGUCAAAAUCGAGGAUGUGACUCCUAAGAUUUUUCCAUCUGGGCCAUUAUUUCCAACUGAGAAACGGAUUGCAGAGCUAUUUGAAAUAAAUACUUACUCAGUUGUGAACAUUUUUGAUGCAACACUACGGCCGCAGCUUAAUGUUACUGGUGUUGUGGAGAUCCCUGAAGGAAAUGGUUCUGGUGUAGUGUGGGACGAUUUUGGACAUAUUAUUACAAAUUAUCAUGUUGUUGGCAGUGCUCUUUCAAAAAAUCCGAAGCCUGGUGAUGUUGUUGCACGCGUCAACAUUCUUGCUGCUGAAGGGAUACAGAAAAAUUUUGAAGGCAAAUUGGUUGGUGCAGAUCGUGCUAAAGAUCUUGCUGUUCUUAAGGUUGAUGCUCCUACUGAUCUUUUGAAGCCAAUUAAUGUGGGACAAUCCUCGGCCCUAAGAGUUGGUCAGCAAUGCUUAGCAAUUGGAAAUCCUUUUGGUUUUGACCAUACUCUAACAGUUGGUGUUAUCAGUGGUUUAAAUCGAGAUAUUUUAAGUCAGGCUGGGGUGACAAUUGGAGGCGGAAUUCAAACAGAUGCAGCUAUUAACCCUGGUAACAGUGGUGGUCCUUUGCUUGACUCAAAGGGGCAUAUGAUUGGUAUUAAUGCAGCAAUUUUCACACAGACAGGGACAUCCGCUGGUGUUGGCUUCGCUAUCCCAUCAUCAACCGUACUUAAAAUCGCUCCUCAGUUAAUCCAGUUUGGAAAAGUUCGCCGUGCUGGCUUGAACGUGGACUUCGCUCCAGAUCCAAUUGCGUAUCAGCUUAACGUUCGCAACGGAGCUCUUAUACUCAAGGUACCUGGGGGCAGCGCCGCAGCCAAAGCAGGGCUUGCUCCGACCAGCAGGGGUUUUGCCGGUAACAUCGUUCUCGGUGACAUCGUUGUCGCUGUGGAUGGCAAGCCUGUUAAAGGCAAAUCUGACCUGCUGAGGGUUCUAGAUGACUACGGUGUCGGAGACCAGGUGAGCUUGACGAUCCGGCGAGGCUCCGAGACCCUGGAGGCGACGCUGCCUUUAGAAGAGGCAGACAUGUGAGCAGUUUGUGGAAAAUAGAACCCACGUAUACCGAGCUGUCCACGACUGUCGUCCCAUUGGAAACAAUUCCAUUUCACUAGGAAAUAUUGAAGUGUCCUUUUCGCUCUGGACAUUCCCUUCCAUGCACGUGUAUGAGCAUGAUCAUGAGCUUCACUUCUCGUGCUUGUAGUUGCCUUAAGAUCAGACAGCCUGAUGUUGGAGAACAAGCUGACCUGUUAGUUGGAUUCUGUUGUC